AUGGUUCAAGAAGAAGACACAUCGAGCGACGAUAUCGCUGCAAUGAAGCGAAAAUACGAGCAAAGAAGAUUGCAAAUUUUGCAAGAGGAGCAGAAAAAACGGAAAGAGGGAAUGAACUUAUCAUCUGAUGAAGAGGAGCCAUCUGAUGACCUGUUUUUGUCUGCUGCCCAACGACGCAAAGAAAAAAUGCACCGCCGAGCAUUGCUAAAACAUGUGCUCGCCCCUUCGUCAGCGCAGCAAGAAGAGGAACUGGCGGCGAAAAGGCGAAGACAAGAAGAGGAGAAAAGAUCUGAAGAGUCCAGGAAAACAUUGCUUGAGAAGCAUGCAGAAUUGAGGGAAAAGAAUGCAGAGAUCGAUCCGAGAGAGAGGCAGCGACUCGAAGAAGAGAUUUUGCUUGAAAGCGUCACCCAAAACAGCGCACUUCAUGCAGCUGUGGAAAUCGCUCAAGGAGUACAGUACACUGAAUCGUUCAAGACAUCUUGGCGGCCUCCUUCCCACAUACGUAAUCAAACUGAAGAAGAUUUUGGAUCAUAUAGGAAGCGAAGAGGCAUAACAGUGGAUGGAGUGGACUGCCCUCCUCCAAUAGGAAGUUUCCUAGAGAUGAAGUUCCCGAAAACUAUACUCCUCGCACUCGAAAGCAAGGACAUCUAUAUCCCAACAGCAAUCCAAAUGCAGGGAAUUCCGGUCGCUCUUUCUGGACGGGAUAUGAUUGGAAUAGCAUCGACUGGCUCAGGAAAGACGAUCACAUUCGUGUUACCGCUGAUAAUGUUUUGUUUGGAACAGGAAUACGUUGUGCCGUUUGAGCGUGGUGAAGGGCCGUAUGCGCUCAUAAUUGUACCAUCGCGCGAAUUGGCCAGGCAGAUUUAUGACGUUAUUAUGGAUAUCUUACAAUGGAUAGAGAAAGAUCCGAAAAUGCCGAAAUUGCGUGCCGGUCUUUGCAUUGGAGGUGUACCAAUCCGAGAACAGUCGCAAAUUUUCAAAGAAGGAGUCCAUGUCUGCGUAGCAACACCAGGUCGUUUGUCUGAUAUGCUGACGAAAAAGAUCUUUAACCUUGAGAUCUGUCGCUAUCUGGUGCUCGAUGAGGCGGACAGAAUGUUGGAUAUGGGUUUUGAAGAUGAACUGAAGUCAGUAUUCGCAUUUUUCAAAGCCCAACGUCAAACUCUGCUCUUCUCAGCCACAAUGCCGAAGAAGAUCCAAAACUUUGCAAAAUCUGCACUUGUACGACCAGUGGUGGUGAAUGUCGGAAGGGCUGGAGCAGCUUCCCUGAAUGUACUUCAAGAGAUAGAGUAUGUCAGAACAGAAGACAAACUGACAAGAAUCUUAGAUUGUCUCCAGAAAACUGCACCCAAGGUAUUGAUAUUUGCCGAGAAGAAGAUGGACGUGGAUAAUAUUUAUGAGUAUCUUCUGGUGAAGGGAGUGGAAGUCGCAUCGAUUCAUGGAGGGAAAGAUCAACGUGAUCGACAUAUUGGAAUUGACGAGUUUCGUCAUGGACAAAAAGAUGUACUGGUAGCAACCGAUGUUGCUUCUAAGGGACUUGAUUUCCAAGGUAUUGAACACGUUAUUAACUACGACAUGCCAGAAGAUAUAGAGAAUUAUGUUCAUCGCAUUGGUCGAACAGGGAGAUCAGGGAAACGUGGUAUGGCGACCACAUUUAUCAAUAGAAAAGCAGAUUUGUCGGUGAUGCAAGACUUGAAACAAUUACUUGUUGAGGCCGGACAAGAACUGCCAGCAUUUCUCAGAGAUCUUGCUGGAGAUACAGAUGAGCCGCCUACUGGUAACAGUGAUGACAAGGGAUGUGCUUACUGUUCUGGUCUUGGUCAUAGAAUCACAAACUGUCCAAAACUGGCUGGCAUUAAUACAAAGGCCGCUCAAAACAUGGCUCGUUCGGGCGUUAUUACUCGUUUCAUCACUUGUUAUUUGAUCUCGUUGCUACAGCCUCCGUUGCGUCUCUUAUUUAUCUGUGGUUGA